UUCGAUUUCGAGAAACAUUCGCGCCAAUUAUCUUACGUAAUACACAAUUAACAAUAUUUAUGUUCUUAUGUCGAGUCGAUGUUCUCGAAUUAUAUAUUGUUAAUGAUCAUUAUCAUUACUGUUCUCAGAUUAUUUUGUUUUUAUUUGCAAUUACUACACACACAUGUAGAUAGUAUUAAAUAUAUUUUAAGCGGCAUACUUCGCCAAUUAUUUCCAAUUAUUACUUUGUAACACUUUGUACAAUGUUUUCAUGCUUACAGUUAAUAAUCAAAUGUUAUAGGUAGGUUAUAAAAGCUGGAAGUAACAAAACAAUAUUAAAGACUGAAAUAGUUGGGAUUCGUAGAAAUGAUAGGUGUAUUAAACGUGGUGAAUACUUUCUCCAGGUUGUCCAUGUCUUCGAUCGUUAGUCCAUGCAAUGUUUCCACAUGCGCAUAUCCAUUGUAUUUUCGAGUUACCGAUAUGCUUUUAGGAGAACCGCUUAAAAAGAAAAGAAGACUGGAUCCUUCCAUUAUCAGAGCUAGGGAAGAGAGAAAGAAGAAGAAACUGGAGAAACAAAUACGCCGUUUACAAAGACAUGUCAAGCAGCUGAAACCACUGAACGAAAUCAAUGUACCGACCGAAUUAAUCGAACAGAAAGAGGAACGAUCCCGUCCUCUUACACCACUGUCCAUACAAGAAAUAGAAAGAAGAAGCUUGUUGAUUAAAGAAUGGUCCAAGUACAAACACAGAGAAUGGAAGAAAGACGUGCAUGUUAUGGAAUCUAUCAUGCUUUCGCAAGAAAAAGCAUUAAACGAAUUGAAAGCGGCAUCAGAGGAACUCUACAAAAAAGCAAUAGAAACCGACGAUUCCUUUUUGCCAUACAGUGCAGUUGGGCCAGUACAUAAUCCACCAAUAAAUGAUUAUGAUAGUCCAGACGGUGUUUAUAUAAAUAUUACUACGAAAUAUGUUGGAGAAACAUGAAUAAGUACAUGAAU